UGAAUAACAGCUUUAGGAACUAUUGCUCAAACCAUACUGCCACUUAUGCCUGCUCCAUUCCAGAAUCUGUCUUCAACAUAUGCAGCAUUCUUUGCAUUGUUCACCAUUUCACUUGCAUUUUCCAUCUAUGCAACUGUGACUCCCGACUUUCUGCGAGUCAAUCAAAUACCAGUCUUUGGCUCCUUGUCCAUGUCUUUUGGACUAUUCCAGAAUUGUCUCACGACUGGAACAUCGACCACAUGCACAGAAUUUCCAACAAAGGACUGCCACAUCUCACUUCCAAAGCAUGCCGAUGAUGACAUGUCACUUUGUCAAAGUUUUCUUACUGCUAGAUAUCUCGAGAUUGGAGCACUUACGUUUGGGGGUCUAGCAUGGAUGUCGUGGCUUGCUAUGAUCAACUAUACCACCAGAGCAGCAACCGUUGGAGCUACAAUCUGGUGUACAGGCGUUCACGCUACAUGCCAGAUUUUGGUCAACGUCAUCAUGUUCAAACGGCGCGACGAUUCAAUCUUUUUUAUAGGUGGAGAUUAUGGGGUUUCACAUAGCUUCACUACAGCAUCGUGGGUGCUGGAUAUUGUCUUGAUUGCAAUGUUAGGAAUUGCUUUAUGGAUGCGCCGCAGUCCAGAGUAUAUUUAUGUUGCAAUUCCAUAAACCGUUAUUGUUGAAUGAAAAAAUUGUUUUUACU